AUGGAAUUAUAUUUAUUUCGACACGACCAAUGGGAGAGACUCUACAAUUGUUCUCAAAUAAAUGUAGAUUUUAUCCCAUUUAUUAUGCGUUAUCAUCCACUUAAUGGCUCUAUUAUAAUUUUAUUGUUUAUUUUCUUUGAGGUAUUAUACUUCCCAUGUUUAUGUUCAAUUUAUAAACAUAUGGAGCAUUCCUGCUAUAAAUUUCUUUUUUUCAUUGGAAUUGCUGAUAUGUUAAUGAUGUUUAUACAAGGAUUGGAAACUGGCGUUUUUAAUUUUACUGGAGAAAUGUUUUGCCCAAAUGAUAAAUUUAAUUAUAUUACAGCAUGUUUUGCUGGGGCACUUUUUGCUCUGGAAUCAAGUGCAAAUUUUUUCCUAGCAUUGGAUCGCUGUGCAGAUUCUCUUUCUCCAAAAAUUUCAAAAUUUUUCUUUGAUGGCAAACGUAUUUUAAUUUGGAUGUUUUUCUCGAUUAGUUUAUCAAUUUAUUAUUUAUUUUAUGCUAAUCCUGGGAUUUAUGAUGGAGUUAAUAUGAAUUGGUUUAUUAAUCCAUUUCAAAGCUACCCAACAGUUAAAGUUGAUAUAAAUGACUAUAUAAAUCCAAUGACUAUUUAUUAUGAUACUUUUUUGACGUUUGGAUUUCCGGCAUUUUAUUUAUUAUUUAUUUUUCUAUUUCUUUUUCGAUUAAAAGAAGUUAGAGCAAUUUCAAAUGUUAGCCAGAGAAGUUGGAAAAUAUCGAUGUUUUUCCAAGUAUCAAUAAUUAUUGGGUUAAAUAUUUCUUGUACUCUUCUCUUUUCAAUUAUGCAGUAUUUGCCCAUAAGUCAAGCAUUAAUUUUGUUUGGAUAUUAUACUAAUUAUUUUGUUUUUGGUUUCCCGCCAGUUAUAUAUUUAAUUUUCAACAAAACAAUUCGAACAGAUUGCCGAAUAAUGCUUGGAAGUAUUUUUUUCUUUUUGGCUUUUAAAUUAGAUAAACGCCAAUCUGUGGCCAAUAAUAUCCGUUCAACUACUCGAGUUCAUCCAAUGCCAAAUCAAAUUUCCUGUGUACGUUCAUACCCAAAUUUGACAAUAAAACAUUAA